AUGGCACAUCUGGAGUUGUAUCAUCACUUUUCAAACCCGCCCUCUAGCAACUAUUUCUUCUGCCUCGCAACCCCGGAAAUGGCGGACGCCAUGAAAAACAGCGCCCUAGAGCACGCUGUACAUGUACCUUACCUAAUGCACCAGCUGCUGGCGAUAUCAGCUCGCGACAAGAGCAGGCGGGCAGCUGACGGCGACAAGAAGGCCUCCUACCUCCAACUAGCAGUACAGCUCCAGAACCACGCCCUCGCCCUGUUCGACGCCUCAAACCCGGGGCCUUUGCCCUCGCCAUUGCCAACAGGAUCAAGGCAGAGCACGCCGACCCUAGCCUUUCGCGGCUCGCUACAGGACUUCCUCCUCAGGUGGCUCGAGUACGUCCGGCUCCACCGCAGCGCGAGCACGCACGCGCUGGCCGCGGCCCACUCCUCGUCAGAGCUGCGGCCGCUCCUGGCAAACGGCCGCGCGAUGGUGGAGAGGCAGCCCGCCGGCCACGAGACCGACGCCCUCCUCGCAAGGGUGGCGGCGCUCAAGGGCCUGUCGCCCGAGGUCCUCGCCGCGUGCCUGACGGCCGUGGACCUGCUCCAGGUCGCCAUCGACUUGGGCAACGCGGACGCGCCACCCGGCUCCUCGUCGUCGUCCGCCGACGGCGUCAGCAGCAUCAGCAGCAACAGCGGUAGCACUACCACCGCCGAUACUAACAGCACCUCUCCUCCCGUCUCCUCCAGUCCCGAACAUCUCCCCAUCUGGUGGGCCCUCUCCGUCCCCGGCGCCUUCCUCGACGCCCUCGCGGCGGGCCUGCCCGACCUCGUCGCCGUGCUGGCCUACUACGCCGUGCUCCUGCACCGCGCGCGCUCCUGCUGGGCCGUCGGCCCCGCCGCGGGGACCAGGCUGCUGCAGGUCCUGACCGCACACCUCGGCCUCAAGUACACGGAGGUGCUGGCGUUUCCGCGCAGGGAGCUCGGCCUGGGGCAUUUCGGGGCCGUCUAUGAGGCCGGGCUCGUGGACUGGCCGGGGCGAUCGGCCAUCUAG